CUGAAUAAUAUCUCAACGUUAGCAUUUAGCAUUUGAAAGUGACUGUUUCACAGAACACAUUUUUGACCAAGAAUAUUGAGACCACCACCUGCUAUUUAUUUAUUUGUCAUUUAUAUGUUAGUUGUAUUGCCUACGACUUUUGGUUUUUGUAUUAUUUUAGAGGACCGCAAUGUGAAUAAACCUUCAGGCUUUAUUGUCUUUUUUUCAAUCCUAAUUUUUUUAAACGUAUGUAAAGACUCCAGUGCAGUGUUCAGAUAAAUUCAGUCAUUUAGCAUUUAACUCAAAGCACAGCAGUGAAGUGGCCGACUGACGUUAUAAAAACGUGACCACUACAUAUCGUCCAGCUUUUAUUUACCAGAUUUGUGAAGUUGUAUCAUGUUUAAGUCGGUGGGAGGAGACGGAGAAAGAGGGGGGCGAUCCAGUGAUGGAUGGAAGAGGAUAAUAGUAUUUAAAACUUUAAGCACCCAGAUCAUCUCAGUCGGCUGCAUUAGACGAUCAGAGUCACUUCCUUCCUCAUUACUGUGUUUAUAUAUCAUCCUCUGGUGCAUGUUUACUCAUUUGUCAUCUUCUGUAUGCAUGAUUUUAUGCAUGUGUGCGUAUGAGUUUCCAGGAUGUCCCUCCAUCAUGCAGGUUAAUUAAUUUUACACUCCAGACCCGUAACACAUUCAGCUGUGACCAUGUUGACCCACCUCAGAGCUCGCAGCAGGAGUUUGUUCCACAGCUACAAGCACGGCAGCCGGACCCAAGCCGUCAAAGAACCGGUCGACCAUGUGGACCUGACCUACACCUUUAAACCAUGGAACUCCAUGCAGGAUCUGGGCAGAGACAUCUACGACCUUUACGCUGAGUAUGAACGUGAAGAGGAGGAGGAUCGAUUGCCGGUGUCUCCAUCCCGCCUGCUGAUCUCGCCGGCCAGACACUUAACUCUCAACAUCAACGUUGGAGGAACGGUGUACUACCUGCCUUACAGGUUAGCUGCCAGGUAUCCAAAAACCCGGAUCGGCCGGUUAGCCACGUACACCGACCACAGCAAGAAGCUUGACCUGUGUGACGACUACAUCGUCCAGAGCAACGAGUUCUUCUUUGAUCGAGAUCCCAUAAUCUUCCACAACAUCUUCAACUUCUACAGGACCGGAGUGCUGUGGAUUAAAGACGAGCUGUGUCCUCGCAGCUUCCUGGAGGAGAUAAACUACUGGGGAGUCAGAAUCAAAAACAGCCAACGCUGCUGCCGCAUCUCCUUCGAAGAGAGGCAGGACGAGCUGAACGAGCAGCUGAAAAUACAGAAGCAGCUGCUGGCAGAGGUGGAGAUGGAGGAGAACGAGGCGUUAUUUCACGGCAUGGCCUUCGGGUCGACCCGGAGGAAAAUCUGGAACCUGAUGGAGAAGCCGUUCUCCUCGGUCCCCGCCAAGCUGAUGGGGAUCGCCUCCUCGAUCUUCGUGCUGGUCUCUCUGGUCGCCAUGACUCUCAACACCGUGGAGGAGAUGCAGUACAAAACGCCGUCAGGCCAGCCCAGUGGCAGAUUCUACGGCGAGUACGUUGAGACAUUCUGCAUCACCUUCUUCACCCUGGAGUACCUGCUGCGCCUGGUGUCCACCCCCGACCUCAAGUGCUUCGGACGCAGCGUCCUGAACACCGUCGACCUGAUCGCCAUCCUGCCGCACUACCUGCAGAUGGUCCUGGAGCACUUUGAGGACGAGGACCUGCACCCAUAUUCGGGCGACAUCGAGACCGUGGGGCGUGUUGGAAAGUUGGGUCAGGUUCUGAGGAUCAUGCGUCUCAUGCGAAUCUUCAGGAUUUUGAAGCUGGCUCGUCACUCGACAGGCCUCAGAGCCUUUGGCUUCACACUGAGACAGUGCUACCAGCAGGUGGGCUGUUUGCUCCUCUUCAUCGGCAUGGGGAUCUUCAUGUUUUCAGCCAUGGUGUACACCGUGGAGCAUGACGUGUACAACACAAACUUCACCUCCAUGCCACUUGCUUGGUGGUGGGCCGCUGUGAGUAUUUCCACGGUGGGCUACGGCGACAUGUUCCCAGAGACCAACCUGGGCCGCAUGUUUGCCUUCGGCUGCAUCUCCUUCGGCAUCAUCCUCAACGGCAUGCCCAUCUCCAUCCUAUACAACAAGUUCUCCGACUACUACACCAAGCUCAAGUCCCACGAGUACGCGGCCGUCAGCAAGGCCCGCGGCGGGCUGCACUUUGCCAGGAGGGCGGCGAAGAAGUUCGCCGAGUGCUGCGAGGAAGUCGCUCAGCCGAGGACCUACCGCCUGCACUGAGCCAGGUCGUAGGUUUUUAAUUGGUAAGAUUCGUUUGUAGAAUUUAGACUGAGGGGAGUGUUUUUGGUGAAAUCACUGACAAUGGAUACGACAAAACAUCUACUUUUCCUCUUCCUCCAUCCACACUGUCCAUUAGUAAAGCUCACAUGUAAUCCAGGAUUCAGGAGUGAACAAGACUGAAAUAAAUAACAAGUUGACGACAUCUGGACGAUGGAUACAAGACCUGUUUCCUCUAUGUGUGUCUCCUUCUUUCUAAUAAUAAA